AUGGCGCCAUUGCCCAAGGAUAGAGUUAUCUGUAGUCGACCAUUCACAACUACUGGGGUAGACUUCGCAGGGCCGUUAACCAUUCGUAGUGGGAUUCGAGGACGUCCGGGUAAAAAGGCAUGGGUGGCUAUGUUCAUCUGCUUCGCAACCAAGGCAAUUCAUAUUGAAGUGGUAGAGGAAUUAACUAAAAAUGCCUUCAUAGCUGCGCUUAGGAGGUUUAGUGCAAGGAGAGGUAAACCUGCCACCAUUUGGAGUGAUAAUGGUACGGACUUUGUUGGAGCGCAAAGGGAGCUAACAGCAUAUACGAAGAACAUUAAAGCGGAACUAGCCAAUGAAGGGAUCAGCUGGCGUUUUAACCCACCAGCUAGUCCACAUUUUGGAGGAUUGUGGGAAGCUUCGGUAAAAAGUGCUAAACAUCAUUUGAAUAGGGUUAUGAAGCAGGCAUGUUUAACGUUAAGUGAGCUUCAGACCUUACUGUGCCAAAUAGAAGCCUGUCUCAACUCGCGUCCGUUAACGCCAUUAAGUAGUGAUCCGAACGAUCUUGAACCUCUGACACCGGCCCACUUCCUCAUAGGGGGACCCAUAACUCUACCCCCUGAGCCAGAUGUGCCGGAAGAUAAUAUGGUUGGGUUACGUAGAUGGAAGUUGGUACAAGGGAUAUUACAAACAUUUUGGAACAGAUGGCGGAAUGAGUAUCUUCCCCAACUUCAAAUUAGAGGAAAGUGGAGAACCAGAAGAGAAGCAUUAAAGGUUACCGAUAUAGUGAUUGUAAAAGAAGAUAAUUUGGCUCCCACCAAGUGGAAAAUAGCACGUGUAACAAACCUACACCCAGGCAAGGACGGUCAUGUAAGAGUCGUUACCAUACGUACAUCAAGCGGUACAGAGAUGAGGCGUCCAGUAGUUAAAUUAUGUCAUCUGCCAGUACUCGAAGGAGAGCAAACAGUUGGAAAUUAA